GAGUUUUUCCUUGACUCCAUUUUCAGCUUCUCCCGUUUUUUUUUUUUUUGUAUUCUCAGAGCCAAAAACAGAGACAUUUUUGCGGUGAAGACCGUGAUAUAGUUGAAGAUUGUAAUCAAAACGUAAAGGAGAGAGCUCUUCAUUGAGCUACAACAAUGGCGAUUUCUCUGAGAUGUUUCUCUCUCUGUUCAUUCAUGAUCUUUCUUCUUCUUCUUCUAAUUGUUAAUGCGAAAGCAUCGACAGGGAAACAUGAGGUUGUACAGUCAAGGCCAUUGGAAACAGGAGAGUUGCAGAGUUUGAAGAAUUCAUCAAUGGCGGAGAGUUCGGAUGAAAAUGAUGCUUGGAAUAAUGAACACGCAGUCGAAAAUCCAGAAGAAAUUGCUUCUAUGGUUGAUAUGGACAUCCGCAAUCACACCGAAAGAAGGAAGUUGGGAUUUUUCUCAUGUGGAACAGGAAAUCCAAUUGAUGACUGCUGGCGUUGUGACCCUCGUUGGCACUUACGCCGAAAACAUCUAGCCAAUUGCGCCAUUGGGUUCGGUCGCAACGCCGUUGGUGGUCGUGACGGCAAGUACUACGUCGUCAAUAACCCUCGAGACGAUGAUCCUGUCAACCCCAGACCCGGAACACUCCGCCACGCUGUCAUCCAAGACAGGCCAUUGUGGAUUGUGUUCAAGAGGGACAUGGUGAUCACACUCAAGCAGGAGCUUUUAAUGAAUAGCUUUAAGACCAUUGAUGCGAGAGGUGUCAAUGUCCACAUUGCCUAUGGAGCUUGUAUUACUAUCCAAUACGUGACCAAUGUUAUUAUCCACGGUCUACACAUCCAUGAUUGCAAGCCCACUGGCAACGCCAUGGUUCGGAGCUCGCCAAGUCAUUAUGGGUGGAGGACAAUGGCAGAUGGGGAUGCCAUAUCCAUAUUUGGAUCAAGUCACAUUUGGAUUGAUCACAACUCUCUGUCCAACUGUGCCGAUGGCCUUGUCGAUGCUAUAAUGGGCUCGACUGCCCUUACCAUUUCUAACAACUACUUCACUCACCACAAUGAGGUCAUACUAUUAGGUCACAGUGACUCGUACACAAGAGACAAACAAAUGCAAGUGACCAUCGCUUACAACCAUUUCGGCGAGGGUCUUAUCCAGAGAAUGCCAAGAUGUAGGCACGGGUAUUUCCACGUGGUGAACAAUGACUACACUCAUUGGGAAAUGUACGCUAUAGGUGGUAGUGCUAACCCCACCAUUAACAGCCAAGGCAACAGAUACCUUGCCCCUGUAAACCCUUUUGCCAAGGAGGUUACAAAGAGGGUUGAUACAGCCACUGGCUCAUGGAGACACUGGAAUUGGAGAUCAGAGGGAGACCUGUUGCUCAAUGGAGCUUAUUUCACUCCAUCAGGAGCUGGAGCUGCAGCCAGCUAUGCCAGAGCCUCAAGUUUGGGGGCCAAGUCCUCUUCCAUGGUUGGCUCUCUUACUUCUGCUGCUGGCGUCCUAAACUGCCGCAGAGGCAUACAAUGUUAAUUUCAAUUUCGUAAAAAAAAAAAAAAAAGUAAACAAGAAAAAAAAAACAUAUCAAAAAAAAAAAAAGGAAGGAAGGAAGAAAAAUAAUAUUUCAUUUUUUUCUACCUCCUAUUUUUAUAGCAUUAUGAUGAGUGAGUGAGUUUGCAGUCAUGAAAUCUGUUUACAAAGCCUAUUUUGUAUUUGCCCCCCCUCAGCUGUCAAAUUUGAAUAUUUGACAAAGUGUAAAUUUUUUUUCUUUUUUUCUUUCUUUUAUUUUUCUUUUUUACCUCAAAUAUGUUGUUACUUGUUACAUUGUUAUCUAUUAAUCUACUUAAUAGAGGGAAACUAGAAAGUGCCCAAUUGAAUCAUUAUUUUUUGUUAUUCAAUAUACUGUCAACCUAAUCGCUUUUGCUCAA